UCAUUCUGCUAUAUAGUCACAUACUUUGCAGCUAUAUAUGAAUAUAUAUUUUGUAUUAAACUUAGUGCAUGUGAAUUAACUUACUUUAUUAACUUUACAAUAAAUAUAUUAAUCUUUGCAAAUAUUUGAACAAACACUAUAAAUAUGGUUUUCACAAAAAAACGUGAUCCAAUGGAAGUUGUGGUCUUUCCCGAAUAUGAGCCAUUAGUUAUAAACCAGAAAGUUAUUUCAGAUGCAUAUUUAAAUGUAUUUGUUGGUGAAAAGCAACGUCUGCAUAAUUUGGAAGAACACAGGUUUGAGGAUAUUCAAACAUUGCGUUUGGAAUUUAAAAAUAUCUUACGGAUUCGACAAUUUGAGAUAUUGCCUAAUCUUACUACACUUGUAUUGUCUGGCAAUAAGAUUGAAAUUAUAGAAUGCUUAGAAACAUUAACAUCACUGAAGGAACUAGAUCUAAGUUUUAACAAAAUAGAGAAGAUUGAAAACUUAGAUACUUUAGUUAACUUAGAGAGACUUCUACUAGCACGUAAUUUAAUCUCAAAUAUAGAAAAUUUAGAUAAUUUGGUUAAGUUGAAAAUACUCAGUCUAAGCGGUAAUAAGAUUAAAACAAUAGAUGGGUUAGAUCGUUUACGUUUCUCUAAAAAUUUCAAAGCAAUAAGCUUGGAAGGUAAUCCUAUAGCUAGUAAUCCGGAUAUUGAUUUGAAAUACUAUACGAUCACAAUACUACCGCACUUAGAAUAUUAUGAUUUCAAAUACAUAACUGUCAAAGAUCGACAGUUGGGGCUUGAAAAAUAUUUUUAUCGACUGCGUGCGAUUGAAGCUGAACAAGAGGAUGAAGUGAAACAACGUUACGAAGCUGAGAAGGAAAUAUCUGAUGCUGAAAAGUUGAUGGGAGCUUUUGUAGAACAUUUAAAUGGUCAUCAACUUUUCCGUUCACUAUGGGAAAAUGAUGAAGAUGGUCGUAUACUUUUAAGCAUUGGUGACGCUGCAGAUGAAAUAGUUACAGAAUAUGACGAGAAGAUAUUUGAAUUAACGCAGGAAAUAUAUAAACAUGGUUUGGAGAAAUAUCACGAGCGUUGUUUAGAGGAGGAGGAAUUUGCUGUAUGCAUGGAAGAAUGUCAAACAGAUUUUCAAAAUCAAUGCCAAAGUAUAACUGAAAAAUAUGUAACAUAUACAGAAAAAGAUUUGGAGCAGUGCGCACCACUUCUGAAAAGAAUUGAAAAAUUUUUAUUGAUGGGUGGUGACGAAGAAUCACCAGAAUAUGCCACAAUGUAUUUCUAUGUUGGUGAAGUUAUGGAUGAAUUUGAUAUAGAAACUAAUUCUGUGUGGACACAACUGAUGAAGAUUGAAAUUCAUUUGCAUGAAGUUAUUGAAGAGACAAUUGUAAUUUAUGGCCGCAAUUUAUAUGACUUAAUAUCAAAGUUUGUCGAGCACGUUCAGUCAUAUUUUUCUCAACUUCGGGAUGUGGUGCAGAAUUUUGUAAAUAAUUUGCAAGACGAGGUCUCUGAAUAUUUGAUAAAUACGAUAGGAACAGAAGAAUAUGAAGAUGUUUUGCCAGAACUAAAACACUGUAUGGAAGAUCGCGAUGCUCUUGAUAAUUUAUUAGCAGGUAUGAAAGACGCACACACUGGACGGAUUGACGAACGUGAAGAUCGUUUAAUAACUCGAAGCAGGGAAUAUGUUGAAAAUUUAAUUGAGGAUCUACAGCAAAAUAUUUAUGAAAAGAGGAAACACGUCAUAGUAAAAAAAUUCUGGAAAUCAAUGAUUUUGUUGUCUACACUGUCGAUAGAUGGGAAGCAUAUCGCGAAGAAAUAAGAAAGGACUAUCUACUCCACGGUGACAUUAUAACUGCAAAGUGAACUUAAGAUUAAUUAAUUGUAAAAAUUGUAUUUAAAAAAAAUAUUGUUUAAUUUUUAUGAUUGUUAUGUAUAUUUCUAUGCAACUUUAUCAAUUCAUAUAUAAUAAAUGUUUCUGGU